UCCUCACGCGCCCAUUCUGCCGAAAUCCGUUUUUCGUCCCACUGUCUCUCUGAUCUAAAAUCACUCUGAAUUCUCCUCUCUUCUCUCCCAAACAAACAAUUUCCGAGAAGAAGCCUCCGCGGCCAUAUCCGGCGCCAGCCACCGCCUCUGCAUGAACGCCACCUCAUUCCCGUCAAAGGCUUGACGUCCUCGGAUUCUCUUCCCCCCUCUCUCCAUCUCUUUCUCUGCUCUGCCGCUGCUGCUGCUUUCUCUGUCUUCCAAUGGCGGUGCUCGACACCCCCGACGAUACUCACAUAAACCCCGCCGCCACCGCCUCACCGGAUCUCAACGGCCUUCGACACCGGCCGGCUGCCGGCGCAUCCGACGAGCCUACUCCUUCGUCCGCCGGGGACGCGGUGCCGACCGAUGAAUCCGGCUCGGAGAAGAAGGUUGCGAAUCGGGACGGUCAAGCUGCUAGAUCGGAUGUCAAAUUCACGUACCGUCCUUCCAGGCCCGCUCACGUUGGGGUUAAGGAGAGUCCCCUGAGUUCCGGCGCCAUUUUUAAGCAGAGCCAUGCAGGCCUGUUCAACCUCUGUAUUGUAGUGCUGGUGGCAGUCAACAGCAGGCUUAUUAUCGAGAAUCUCAUGAAGUAUGGUUGGUUGAUCAGGACUGGAUUCUGGUUUAGUUCGAAAUCAUUGAGAGAUUGGCCCCUUUUCAUGUGCUGUCUGUCACUUCCUUUGUUCGCUUUUGCUGCGUAUCUCGUUGAAAAAUUUGCAUACCGGAAAUAUCUGUCUGAACCAAUAGUUGUUUCCCUUCAUAUACUCAUCUCCGUGGCAGCAGUUGUGUACCCUGUUUCAGUGAUUCUCAGUUGUGACUCUGCAUUUUUAUCCGGUGUGACAUUGAUGCUUUUUGCAUGCAUUGUAUGGUUGAAAUUGGUCUCUUAUGCUCAUACAAACUACGAUAUGAGGGCAGUCGCCAAGUCAGUUGAAAAGGGAGAAGCACCUUCUGCUGCUCUCAACGUGGAUUAUUCUUAUGAUGUUAACUUCAACAGCUUGGUGUAUUUCAUGAUUGCCCCGACAUUAUGUUAUCAGCCAAGUUAUCCUCGCACACCAUCUAUCCGAAAGGGUUGGGUGGUUCGUCAGUUCAUCAAGUUAGUGAUAUUUACUGGUUUAAUGGGAUUUAUAAUUGAACAGUACAUCAAUCCUAUUAUCCAGAACUCAGAGCAUCCUUUCAAAGGGAAUCUCUUGUAUGGAAUUGAGAGGGUUUUGAAGCUUUCUGUCCCGAAUUUGUAUGUGUGGCUGUGCAUGUUCUACUGCUUCUUUCAUCUGUGGUUGAAUAUACUUGCAGAGCUCCUGCGUUUCGGUGACCGAGAAUUCUAUAAAGAUUGGUGGAACGCGAAAACUGUUGAAGAGUACUGGAGAAUGUGGAAUAUGCCAGUUCACAAGUGGAUGGUUCGCCAUAUCUAUUUCCCAUGUCUGCGCCACAAAGUUCCCAAAGGAGUAGCAAUAUUUAUUGCGUUCUUUGUUUCCGCUGCAUUUCAUGAGGUAUAAUGAGCAUCCUUCCCUUAUUUAUGCUUUCUGCCCCGAUCUCUCCAAGAAAGUCGAUUUUUGGUAUAUCAAUAGAUUUUGUAAUUUAUAUUGUUACAAGUAAACAGAAGUCGAAAUGUAACACAUGAGCCUUAUCAUGUAAGAUACAAAAUGUAGGAUUAGCUUGGUAAGAUCAUGGGUUGUAGGCAUCAUUAGAGUUGUGGCGAACAUUUACUUUAUAAGAGCGUAGAUCACCCAACUUGCGUAACUUUCUCUCUUGGUGUCGGGUUGACUACAUAAUUCCCUGCCUGUCCAUCUAGUAGAUGGCCCUUGGCCCUCCAUCUUCGAUAUGCCUUUGAUCUAUAGGCAUUGUUUGAACUACUCUGUCCAGUUAGAUAAUUCCCAGCCUUUCCAUUUAGUAGAUGGCCCUUGGCCCUCCAUGUUCACUUGCCUUUGAUCUAUAUGUUACUUAUGUCCAUCCUAAGAUAAGACAUUUGCUCUCCACAGCUGUGCAUUGCUGUUCCUUGCCACAUCUUCAAGUUCUGGGCGUUUCUUGGAAUUAUGUUCCAGAUCCCACUUGUCUGGCUUACAAACGUUCUUCAGGAGAAGUUCAAGAGCUCGAUGGUGGGGAACAUGAUAUUCUGGUCAAUGUUCUGCAUAUUCGGCCAACCAAUGUGUGUGCUUCUCUACUAUCACGACCUGAUGAACAGGAACGGGAAAGAUGGAAUCUGAAAGGGAAACACUACUUCGAGCAGAGACUUAUUUUUGGCAAUCUCCACGCAGUUCCACUUCAUCAACUGUUGUUCACAUGAGGGAAUUAUAUAGACUCUGCAGCAGCGAAGAUGAGGUCAUCAGAGAAGUGAAAUCGUCGUGCAUUCAGGGCACUCUAUCAAACAUUAGUUAUCUACCAUGGCCAUGUGGGGUGUACUCUUUUCGGACACUGGAAGCGUAGAGGCGAUUUCGAAACCCAGCAGAGAGCAGGCACAUAUAGCUAACGAAGUGCCUGCCGUCAGGGAAAGAUGAAAAAUCGAAGGUAGUGCAGGAGAUAUGCGAAUUAGUCGUUUUAGCUGGUUGGGGAAUUUGUAAAUCGAAGGCUAUCGAAAUGUGUGUUAAUGAACUGGACCUCCCACAUAAUGUUUCUGCAAUGUUGUGAUCCCUUAGCUAAGUAUAAAGAAAAGAAUCAAUGGAAGUAUGGAAAGCAAAGCACUUAGAGAUGAUCUGGUGGUGGUCCAGAUAUAACCUGUACCAGAGGCCAAAGCCUCGGCUUUAGCAGACUCAAUGCACUGAAGUGUUCGAUCAUUCUGUCGUAGCAAGGAAUCUCGGUUGUCUGUGCU